AUGGGGAACGCCCGGGCGGUGCAGGCGCUGCAGGAGGCGGGACACGCGCUGCUGCCGCUCGGGGAGGCGUACCGGCGGAAGAUGGGGCAGCUGCAGGACACGAUCAACCAAGAGCUCCUCGUGAAGCGCGACGCGCUGCUGCACCAGGCCGCGCGCGUCGAGGCGCGCGCGGAGGAGGUGCGGUCCGCGCGGGGCCGCGUGGAGCGCGAGGUUCGUGCGCGCGCGGAGGACGCGCUAGCACGUCUGGACGCGAUCGACCGCGUGAAGCAGGCCAUGCUCGGCCGCGACCGCGACGAGCUCGCGCGCCAGCUCGACGACAUCCGGGCCUUCGUCUCCGAAGCUGUGGAGGCGUCCCGGAUGCUCGACCAGCUCCAGUUUCUCGCGUCGGCGCCGUCGCUGCUGUCGCACUGCAAGCACCUGUCGUCGCGCGAUCACCCGAUGACGGAGCCCGUGUCGCUGGACGGGCUCGACGCGACGUCCGUGCUCGGGCCGCGGCCGGAGGAGGCCGCGGUGAUGUCUGCGGACGAGGAGCUGCGCGAGAAGUACGAUUCGCUGCACAAGUUGGUGGCAAUCAAAGACGCUAUGAUUUGGCAGCUGCUGGACGAGCGGGCGACGCUGCGGGACGAGAUGCGCGCGCUGACGGAGAAGAUGAAGGCGGAGCUCGGGGCGAUGGAGGACGAGUGCCUCAAGUGGCGCAAGCUCGCCGGGAGGCGCAGCGGCGGUGGCGGCGGCGGCGGGGGCGUUGGUGGUGGUGGGGAUGGUGCGGUGGGGCGCGGGGCGCGGCGCAGGACGGUGGAGACGGAGAGCGACUCGGACGGCGCGUUCGAGGAGCGGCGGGCGCGGCGCGCGGCGCCGCGGCGGGGGGAGUCGAGGGGGGGCGGUCAUGGGGUGUCGGGGCUGACGGAGGCUGUGGCGAACGCGGGGGUGACCGGGGGCGGGGGCGGCGGAGCACGGCGGCGCAAGGAGGCGACGUGGUCGGACUCGGACGGCGAGCUGCGGAUCGGGGGCGCGCGGCGGGCGCGCUUGCACCGCGGGCAGGAUCUCGAGAGGACCCCCUGA